CUCCUCUUCUUUUCUCGCUUCCUCCCUUUCCCACUCCCCUCUCCCUCCUUUUCCGGAAGAAAGGCGCGGACUCCUCUCCUCCUCCUCCUCCUCGCCGUCGCCGGCGAGGCGACGAGGGCGGGAGCUCCAGCCUAGCGAAGCAAAGCUGCAGCUGCCUCAGGCCGCGCGACCUAUGGCGGCGCGUGGUGCUUGCGAUCCUCCUGGUCCUGGCGCCUCCCUGCGCCGCCUCGUCCUGCUGCUCGCUCUGUCGGUGUCGGCGCUCGCCGCGGCGGACGCAUCCGGGGUGUUCGAAGUGCAGCGCAAGUUCACGCGCCACGGGGACGGCGGGGAGGGACACCUCUCGGCGCUCCGGGAGCACGACGGACGCCGCCACGGCCGCCUCCUCGCCGCCAUCGACCUCCCCCUCGGCGGCAGCGGCCUCGCCACCGAGACCGGGCUCUACUUCACGCGGAUUGGGAUCGGCACGCCGGCGAAGCGCUACUACGUGCAGGUGGACACCGGCAGCGACAUCCUCUGGGUCAACUGCGUCUCCUGCGACGGCUGCCCGCGCAAGAGCAACCUCGGGAUUGAGCUGACGAUGUACGACCCGAGGGGGUCGCAGAGCGGGGAGCUGGUGACCUGCGACCAGCAGUUCUGCGUCGCCAACUACGGCGGCGUGCUGCCGUCGUGCACCUCCACGUCGCCGUGCGAGUACAGCAUCUCGUACGGGGACGGGAGCUCCACGGCCGGGUUCUUCGUCACCGACUUCCUGCAGUACAACCAGGUCUCCGGCGAUGGCCAGACCACGCCGGCCAAUGCCAGCGUCUCAUUCGGGUGUGGUGCUAAGCUGGGUGGGGAUUUGGGGUCGUCAAACCUGGCACUCGAUGGGAUUCUUGGAUUUGGUCAGUCGAACUCGUCGAUGCUGUCACAGCUCGCCGCCGCGGGAAAAGUUCGGAAGAUGUUUGCGCAUUGCUUGGACACUGUAAAUGGUGGGGGGAUUUUCGCUAUCGGGAACGUGGUGCAGCCGAAAGUGAAGACAACACCGUUGGUGCCCGACAUGCCACACUAUAAUGUCAUCUUGAAAGGAAUUGAUGUUGGUGGUACCGCACUAGGACUUCCAACAAAUAUUUUCGAUUCAGGUAACAGUAAAGGUACCAUCAUUGAUAGUGGGACAACAUUGGCGUAUGUCCCAGAGGGGGUUUAUAAGGCUCUAUUUGCCAUGGUAUUUGAUAAGCAUCAGGAUAUAUCCGUACAGACUUUACAAGACUUCAGUUGCUUCCAAUAUUCUGGAAGCGUCGAUGAUGGAUUUCCUGAAGUUACUUUUCAUUUUGAGGGAGACGUUUCACUGAUUGUUUCUCCACAUGAUUAUCUUUUCCAAAAUGGGAAGAAUUUAUACUGCAUGGGGUUCCAAAACGGUGGAGUACAAACCAAGGAUGGGAAAGAUAUGGUGCUUUUGGGAGAUCUAGUGCUUUCAAAUAAGCUGGUUCUUUAUGAUUUAGAAAAUCAAGCUAUCGGGUGGGCAGAUUACAACUGCUCCUCCAGCAUUAAGAUCAGUGAUGACAAGGGAUCAACAUACACUGUUAAUGCGGACGAUAUCUCCUCCGGCUGUGAAGUUCAGUGGCGCAAGUCCUUGAUUUUGUUGCUAGCAACAACAGUGAUCAGCUAUUUAAUGUUGUAACCUGGCUUUGGAAUCUUGGGUGCACAAUACGUCUGUUCUGAAAAUGAUAGAAACUGAUUUUUAUUCUUACGAUAAAAGGGGGGAGAAAAAGUAGAAGCUUAGACUUGACACUGUGAGCACUUGUUUUGAUAGGGGCACAGAGAGAGGAAAUACUACACACCUAGCACAUUGUACAAACAGGGUUGGACUAACACGAGCUUUGAAAAGCAUACAUUUAGAAGUAAAUUCAAUGUUGUUUGUUUCUAGAAAUUGUCUAAACUGUUCUGCUUAAUAAGCGGCAUCAUAGUUUUAGUCUGAUUGCAAUAACUUUUUCCAUCA